UGCCAUUCUCCCCAGAUAACAACCAUCCUAACUGAACUUUCCAGAUACUUUCCUAGAGGAUCAUGGCUGGGAUGAAGGCAGUGGUGUUGGGCAUUGUCUGGGCUUUGGCCGGCUUCUGUUGCGUUGCAGCCGAUAUACCCAUACAGCCAAACUUUGAUGCCGCAAAGUUUGGUGGUACGUGGUACCCUCUCCAGUUAGUAUUGGAUAUAGAGGGGUUGAAGGAUGUUAAAAUUACUGGAAGAAAAGUAACGCCUUUGGACAACGGAGACAUGGAUGUCGAUGUCGAAAUACUGGAGAAUGGCGAAUGCACUAAAAAAUUAAUUAGGUUUUUGCACACUGACCAGCCGGGGAAAUUUACAACAGAAGCCGGGACCACUAUCCACGUAGUAGACACAGAUUAUGAUUCUUACCUCUUUGUUCACGUUGACGCCGGGCCCCAAAAGAUCCUCCAUUUCGAAGCCAGGGACCCCCAAGGAUCAGACAGCCUAAAGGAAAAGUUCAAGAAACUUGCGGGCUCGUUGGGAUUCCCUACAGACAAAAUAAAAGACAUGCCUUCAACAGAUCCAUGCUCGUUGUGAGAGAAGAACCACCGCAGGUGCCCCAGUUCCUGGAGGGAGGCAAACAGGGGUGUUUUGUUGGGUGUGGUGGAAAGACAACAUAAAGUGAGCUUGUGUCUCUUGGAUCAAA